AUGGCGCCCUCGAACGUGAAUAUUCUGCUCUCGUCCUUUCCGGGACUCUCGCUCCCAUCUACUCUCACGUUCUCGCUCCCAUCUACGGCGAGCGUCUCAGACCUGACAGACAAAGUCGCCUCAUACCUUCCAUCCUCGCUUUCUCUUGAACGGCUCAUCCUCACUACAACCAACAACAAGCAAAUAUCGUCCUCUUCUUCGUCCCUUCAGUCUUUGAUCACCCGCGACGAUGGCUCCGCCACAGCGCUCCUUCCCAUCCGCCUCUCCGCGCCGAUGUGCGGUGGUAAGGGUGGAUUCGGAUCUCAGCUUCGUGCCGCUGGUGGGCGCAUGGCCAGCAAGAACAAGCGCAACCAGGGCGACAGCAACAGCUCCAGUCGUAACCUUGAUGGUCGCCGUUUGCGCACAGUCAAUGAGGCAAAGGCACUUGCGGAGUAUCUCGCCGUUAAGCCCGAAAUGGACAAGCAAGAGAAGGAGGAGCGCCGGCGUCGGUGGCAAGCCGUGGUGGAGCUGACGGAGAAACGCCAGGAUGAAAUCAAGAAUGGUGGUGGAAAGCAAAAGAUCGAUGGCCAAUGGAUGGAUGACAAGGAGGAGAUAAACGAAAAGGCACGGGAGGCGGUUCUUCUUGCGAUGAAAGAUGGCGCAUGGACGGACAACCUACGCGAUGCGAUUCUGGGCGGAUCGAGCACGAGUGCUAGUGAAGGUAGUGAGCAAGCGACCUCGUCCGGCUCGGAGGAGGAUCUGGAUGAGGAGGAAGAGAAUGGGGAACCCUCAAACGACGCUGCGGGCCCUUCUGUGCCUGCGCAAAAGCCUGCACCUAGGCGGUUUAUCGGGUUCGAUGAUGACGACGAGUUCAUGAGCGACUCGGAGGAUGAGGAUGCGGAUGAAACCAACAGCAAGGGCAAAGGGAAAGCGCGCGCUUGA